AUGCAUGCAGUAACGCUUGUUGGUGAAAAGUACUAACACUGUUGACAUCGAUCAAGUUGUUGUUAUUAUUACUAUUAUUAUUGUUAUUAGUAUUAUUAUUCUUAAUAAUAAUAUGAUUUUAUAUAUAACACAAAUGAUAUGUAACUGAUUUUGUGCUUAAAAAUUAGAUAUUUAAAAAAAAUAAGACGCUCAAGAUUGACUACCUAGAAUUUUUAACGGCUCCUGUAGCGGAUCACAUGUACAGUGCACCUCAAAGGAAGUUAAGAAUGCUGACUCAUUUAGAAACAUUCACACGUCUAUGCAAAUUAAAACAUUUAUAUUUUUAAACCUAGAGAGAAGGCCACUCGCCCUGUUCCGAAAUCCCUUGUUGUGGAUUUUUGCUUGUUUUUUCACCCCCAUCCACGUGGGGCACUGAUGAAUACUACAUUUUUUCUAAUUCUCGAUAGAAACGAAGAGGAAGGAUAUUCUCCACUACUGAUAAGCUAUCUAGCCAUCUGUAUGUCAACAUCAACAAGAAACAUACUCGAUCAGGAAACAUCUAUAAAAGUAUGUGAUCAAGCAAUAGCUUGCACUGACAACGAAUCGACCUCAGUCUUACUCAUCAUUCCCGGUUGAGUGAAAUACGAAUUCGGGCUAAUAUGGAGUUCAACGUUAGUUUUAAGAAAGUUUAAUUUAAAUCACUGUUCGUUGGGGAUAUGAGAAAAGGGACAGCGGCCAUGGAUGCAUGUGAUGGACCUAAUUUGGCAUUACAAGACUUGUUGAAGUUAAGGGAGAGGGAAGUGGAGUUCGUGAGUGCUCUGCGGGACCAGGUCGAGUCUAACCGGCGGUUGAAGCUGCAAGUUGAAGACCUCCAGAAAAGGCUGGAAGAGAAGGAGGAUAAACUUAAAGAGGCACAUAAGACUAUCAGAGCUCUGCGAGAACAGGUGGAGCUGCAGAAAAGAAACUAUCAGGACGCACUGGAAAAGGCCCCCCACACAAGAAGUGAUGAUGACAUCGAGACUCAGGCUCACACAAACCCACCUACCGCGUCCAUAUCAAGUACCUCCGAGCCCAGUUCCACUAAGUGUCCCAAAUCUGUGAUUGACACCAGAAAGAGGUCUUUACAGGAGGUGCCCAUUAGACAGGCGGACUACUGUGGACAGGCUCCUGAAGAAGAUCUUCAAGGAGAUGAAGACAAUGAUGGCGAUAGCGACUACAUCCCCAAAAAUGAAGACAUUCAGUCCUACUCUGAGGAUAAAUAUUCCCCUUCACCAUCCAAGAAACGAUGGCAACACAAGAAGAUUGUGGUCAAGACACGGCGUUACACCUGUGGUAUAUGCAAUAAGAGUUUUUGGAAAUUAACAGGGCUCAGAGCGCACCAGAGAACGCACAACCGAAAGACCUCUCCGCAAACAAGUCCACCACAAAGGCGUCGCUGUCAGCAGGAAGUGGAAGAGGAAGAAGCCGGAAAGUCGUCGUCUCAUCGGAAGUCCCACAAGUGCAACGAGUGCGGAAAGCGCUUCAGCACCUUCAGUCACCUCAGUGUGCAUCACAGAAUUCAUACGGGAGAGAGGCCUUACGCUUGCACCCUGUGUGAGAAGACCUUCGCACAGAAAACCAGCGUGGUGUCGCACCUAGCGUCCCACGCUAGCACGGACACACCGAUGCCGUGCCCACACUGUAAGGACACGUUCACUUCACCGACGUCUCUCAGACAACACAUCGUGACCCACAGAAAAGAAAAUAAAAGUACGUGCUCUAAAUGCGACAUGGCUUUCCCUAGCACGGCCGAGCUGAAACAACACAAGGUAGUCCACGCGGCCGAGAGGUCGCUCUCUUGCUCGUACUGUGACAAGAAGUUCCGUAACACUUCGGGACUCAAAGACCACGAGAGAACGCACACGGGAGAGAAGCCGUAUCUCUGCCACGACUGCGGCAGGUCGUUCAGCUGCGCGCAGCACCUGAAGACGCACCGGCGGACGCACACGGGGGAGAAACCGUUCACGUGCACGGAGUGCGGCGAAAGCUUCGCCCAGAGGAUCACGCUGCGGAAGCACCACCUCAGGCACACGGGGGAGCGGCCACACCUGUGCUCGCUGUGCGGUAAGGCCUUUGCCCGGCCGGAGGUGCUCAAGACACAUCAGAGGGUGCACACCGGUGAGAAGCCCUAUAGCUGCGCCGUGUGCGGCCAGACUUUUGGCUACGUGCAGACCCUGCAGUCACACCAGAUGCGAAUGCACGCGCAGGGAGAAGGCACUGUUGAAGCCAGCACAUAGACUGGUUGAAAUGUCUGGAGGGUGAGAGGAGUCAGUCAGAAGUGUCAGUGACACAAGGGUUGUAUAAAAAGGAUUUGCUGUGUGUCGGGAUGGUAUUUUCCCGUACACCACAGGGAAAAAAUGACUGUUCGAUGAAACUUUUGAAAACUAGACUCCAGAGACUCUCAAGUUAUUUUGUCUGUUUGACACCUCUUCCUGCUUAAACUUGCUGUUGAUAAUGAUUUAAAAGUUAACUAUUUGUACGCUGCAGAGGAAAAGGAAACAUAAUAGAAUAAAUAAAUAAUGGUGCCAUGAUUUGUAAUGGCAAGUCAACUAAUUGUAAUGCCUGUCUAAUGUCUUGAGAUUUUAAUAAAGGGCAGCUCUGGCUUGUGGUUAGUGUUUCAAGGAAUGUGA